AUGGCUCUACGCGUACCAAAAGCUCCCGGUUUUGCUUCCAUGAUGAAGGAAGGUUCAAAAUAUAUGCACGGUCUCGAUGAAGCUGUCUACCGUAACAUUGGCGCUUGCAAAGAAUUAAGUGAGACAACAACAUCAAGUUUUGGUCCCAAUGGUUUAAAUAAAAUGGUUAUUAAUCAUAUUGAAAAACUCUUUGUUACCAACGAUGCCGCGUCGAUUCUUCGCGAAAUUGAUGUUGUUCAUCCGGCAGCAAAAAUCUUAAUGCUAGCCAGUGACAUGCAAGAAAAAGAGAUUGGUGAUGGUACAAACUAUGUCAUAUUGUUUGGUGCGAAAUUACUUGAAAAUGCUGAAAGUCUCCUUCGAAUGGGCUUAUCACCAAGUGAAAUCAUCGAUGGAUACAAUUUAGCUUUAAAAAAAACUUCAGAAUUGCUACCAACAUUCGAAAUCAAAAUGAAUUUAACAAAAGAAAAUUUACGUGAUAAUCAAGCCAUUGUUUCUAAAGUUCUUCAAACAGCUAUUGGAAGCAAAUUAUUUGGCUACCAUGAAUUUUUAGGUGAUUUAGUAACAAAAGCAUGUCUAACAGUAACUGGAAGUGAUGCUUCAAGUUCAUUUAAUGUCGAUAAUGUUCGUAUUUGUAAAAUCUUGGGUGGUGGUUUACUUCAAUCAACAGUGGUUCCGGGCAUGGUGUUAAAACGUGAAAUCGAAUCGGAAAUAACGAAAACCAAUCAAGCACGCAUUGCUGUUUUCAGUUGCCCGAUUGAUAUUCAAGUAACUGAAACCAAAGGAACAGUUCUCUUGAAAUCGGCUGAUGAAUUAUUGGCAUUCUCAAAAGAUGAAGAAGCAAGCAUCGAAAGUCAAAUUAAAUCAUUGGCUGACGCUGGUAUCAAUGUGAUUGUUAGUGGCGGUAAAGUCGGUGAAAUGGCCCUUCAUUUCUUGAAUAAGUAUAAAAUCAUGGCUGUCCGUUUAUUAUCGAAAUUUGAUUUACGUCGUGUCGCGAAAACCAUUGACGCUGUUGUUUUACCCAAACUUCGCACACCUACACAUGACGAAAUGGGAGCUUGUGAUUCGAUCUAUAUUGAUGAAAUCGGUGAAACACAAGUCGUCAUCUUCAAACAUGCCAAGUCACACAUUUCGACAUUGGUUCUUCGUGGCUCAACUGAUCAAAUUCUCGACGAUUGUGAACGUGCUAUCGAUGAUGCCGUUAACAACUUCAAAGCAUUGACACGCGAUCCAAUGUUAUUACCAGGUGGUGGUGCAACUGAAAUCGAACUAGCUUCGAAGCUUUCUGAAUACGCUCGUACAUGUCCUGGUAUUGAGCAGUAUGCUAUUCAACGUUAUGCUGAAACAUUCGAAUUCAUCCCGAAGAUUCUUGCUGAAAAUUCUGGUGUUAAAAGCACAGAAAUCUUAGCUAAACUUUACGUCGGUCAUCGUGAUAAUCCAAACUUGGGCUUUGUCAUCGGACCGACACAAUCGGAUGCAACACAACCAAAUGACGUUACAUAUGAUACAGCUGAUGUGAAAUUACAUGAAUUAUACGAUUUGUUCAUAACGAAGAAAUGGGCAAUUUUAUUUGCAACUAAAGCUGCUUGUACAGUUUUAAGUGUUGAUGAAAUUAUUUGUGCUAAGCCAGCUGGUGGACCAAAACCAAAAGAAAACAAGGGAUGGGACAAUGAUGAUUAG